AUGAACUCGACAAUCUGUGUGAUUGAAGCCAAUCCCGAUGUAACUGGGACCGGGAUUCGCGCCUCCAUUUAUGCCCUCUGCCUCGGCGGGACACUUGUGAGCUACUUCCUCCGGGUUUUCUCCCCAGGCGAAGAUGAAGAAGAGUUCGCGCGCGGUGUAUCGUCCGCUUUGGGCAUGCAAGGCCUGGCGCUGCUCUGUACAGCAAUCUACCAGACCUUUCGCAACGAAUUGACCCUUUUCCACGCCAUUUGUGUGGUCCACUUGCUCGCCCUGCUGGGGCUGAACCUUAUCAGCAAAGGCCGGUACGCUGGAUUCGGGCCCUGGCGGCUGUGGUUCUUUGCAAUAAUCCAGAUCCUCUCGCUGGGGGCUUUCGUCGCGUUCAACGUCUACCUCUGGGUCACUGCGCCUCAUUUCGGCAGCCAGCCCACUUGCAACUCGGACACGGUGUAUGUGGUGUUUGGCGUGAGCAUCAAGGCAACAUCCCCAGUGUUCCGGUAUAUUAUCCUCGGUACACUGGGUGCUACUGCUGCGGGUUUCACCCUCGUGUUCACCUGCAUGCUGCCGUGCAUGUGUGGGGCGUGGAUUGUUUCACGACGGCAUUCACCGGGCAGCGACUCCGGUCGCAAGCGAGAUUGUAUCAAGUGGUUUGUGCAGGUAUCAAAGAAGCCCGAGGGUCAAGACAACAAUCCUCAGCAGGAGCUUUCCGGGCAGGCCUUGCUGAAUUUCACCCUGAACAAGGUGGCAUACUGCGGGUUAUGCAUCUAUUUGAUUGUGUCACUGGAACAGACGAUUCAACGGAACACCCUCAGCCCGGAGGAGAAAGGAUGGACCUUUGGGCAAGUCAUUGCCAUCUUUGUGUUGCUUGGAGUUGCGAACGAGCUGUUCAAUGUCGUUCUGGCGAGUUGGGACCGCAGGAUUGGCCAAGAACCGGGGUCCCAAGAGCUGGCGCAGGUCAUGCCUGCGUCCAGCAGCGGAGGCUCGAGACAUUCACUUUGUUAG